AUGGAGUCAGACACACUGUCUGCGCGAAGGGAGAGAUCCCGGCUGUCGUCGUCUGCCUUUCCUCGACAAGGAUGGCCCCGAGUGUCUCCGUCCCACGCGCCCCCAGUUGUCAACGCUUCAGAUCCCUCACAUCUGGCAUAUCCGCGAAACUACGAGUCUGCCGCUGAAGAGUCAGACCGGGCAUAUCGUACGACGGCUUUGCGCCAACUGACUGGAAACCCGAGACCUCUGUCCCGCACUAGUUGGGCUGAUAACCCUGGCUCCGAACGGCGGUCGUCGACUUUGCCUACGCGGCCGGUGCUGGUGAGGGCUUACUCUGGCGAUGCGGGAGAUAACUCCUCUCAAUCAUCUGCUAUGUCCGCGCGCCGAUUCUUUCCAUUUACUGGCUCCAGGGGCGCGGCUUCUGCUCAACCUCAACCUCAGCCGGAUCUGAUACUCCCGUCAGAUAAGGACUUCAGUAUCGAGAGCAUACUGCAGGCGAUUGAACCUGAUAUCCGUGGCACUCUGGAGUCCAUCGCCGAGAUCUGUGGCCGUAGCAAGCUGAGUCUUGCCAAUGAAUAUGGAAGUCACAUCGCACCUUUGGGUGAGAUAUGUGCUCCGCCGGGGGGUCUAGGACCUGUCGAGGAAGCCAGUCUUAGCGAGGAACAGCGGUCCGCCGACAACGUGGUUGUCCAAGAUGAAGAUAUCAAUAUAGCAGAUACUGGCCGGGAUAUGCAGCCAUUCUCGUUCCAUCGGUACUUGGAAAAUUCACGGCAUACUGCAUCCAUGCUCGAACAGAAUGGUGCAUCCCAUCCAGCUGGCACUGGGCAGCCAGAUCCCCUGAUAUCUCCUGCAAUGAACCCUCAACCAGGAUCAAGCAUGGACAUCGGUCUGGAUACCUUGCCGCUUAGACGUGAAUUUGCAUCAAGGCCCAAGAAUGGUGGCCGUGAUUUACUCGCCAAGAGCGCCGUUCCUAGCAAUAUGGUACAGCAAGUACCAAACAUCGCCACUCCAGCUCUGGUCUCUGAGGUUCAUCUGGAUGCAAGGGCUGACGGUCGCUCUUCUAACGAACCUCAUCUGCCUCCCAAAGCUUCCCUCGAUGACGCACCGAUUAUGAGAACCCCAGGGCCAGAACUCAUUCAAUCUCUUCUUGGUUGGCUAAAAUGGCCUGCAGGUAUUGCUGGGCCAGAUUCUCGUCCUGCUUUACAGUCAGCUGAGGGUCGCUUGCGUGCUAUGCUUGAUCAUGCCGGGAAUCAGGAUGCUGUUCCGGCUAUGCUUUGA